GCUAUAUCAUGUAUUAAAUUUAAAGAUGGACUUAAUGUAUCUGUUGGCAUGAGUACUGGUCAGAUAUUAUUGUUUGAUAUUCGUUCGAAUAAACCAUAUUUUAUAAAAGAUCAUAAUUAUAAUUUACCUAUAAAACAUAUUGAUUUUCAUACACAAAAUGAUGAUUAUAUUUUAUCAAUGGAUAAAAAAAUUUGUAAAAUAUGGAAUCGACAUACGGGUAAAAAUUUAACAUCAAUCGAACCAGGUACACCACUUAAUGAUAUGCUCAAUAUACCUGGUAGUGGUUUAAUAUGUCUAACCAAUGAUUCACCGAAAAUAUUUGUUUAUUAUAUUCCAACAUUGGGUAAUGCACCAAAAUGGUGUACAUUUCUUGAUAAUAUUACUGAAGAACUUGAAGAAAAACCAGCUGAUACAGUUUAUGAUGAUUAUAAAUUUUUAACAUUAAAAGAACUUGAUACA